AUGGAUUCAGCUUUAGUCGACAUACCUGACGCGCGCAUUGUACGCAGGAGCGCGCUGUUGGCAGCAGCGGGGAGGUUGGCAGCAGUGAGACACUUGCAGAGCGGAGGCAGUAGUCGAGCGACCACAGGAGCGGCGGGAGCGUCUGCAGCGUGUGCGAUGUCGGAUUCACUGGGAAGGGGUAGCGGCGCCGGCAGCUCCGACGGAGAAAGAGCGCCCAAGCGACAGAAAGUUCGUGAAGCGACACCGGAGCCGAGCUCUUCCACAGAACCGGGGCCGAGCACUUCCACAGCACGACAGUCAGCAGCGACUCGUCGCGAGGCCUCACCGCAGCCGGGGCCUUCCAGAGAGCAGCAAGAGCCGGACUCGCAGAGUCCGGAACCUGAAGAGCUAGCCAAGGCGCAGAAAGCGCCGCAGAACGGAAAAGCAGCAAAGGGCAAGCAGAAAAGACGGAAGAAGCCUCCGAAAGCGGCGGCGCCAAAACCAGGGAGCAAGCGGGCUCGGCGCUUGAAAAAACUCGAGCGCCAACGGAAGCGCGAGAAGGAGAGGAGGCACUGCGACAGGCUCGUUAGAUACUGGGAUGGCAUCAUCAGUUACUACAGGGGUCUCCCACCCCAGCCACAACCAGGUCCACAAGCCAACUUGCCUUUACCUGGAGCCCAAGAUCAACUCGAUGCAGCACAAAUAGCAGCUCAACAGGUAGCGGCCAACGCGGCUGCAGAAGCAGAGCCAGCAGCCCCCCAAGUACCAGAUGUGCAGAUCAUCGAGCCAGAUGCUGGAGAGCAAGUGGUCCCAGACUUUGGACCUGCACAUGCAGCCAUGGGUGCACCAGGAGAGCAAGGUGAGCCACAAGCCAUGGGAGGUGGUGCUGGAGACGCGGGCGAGGCUGCAGCUGAGCCGCAGAUGUAA